CUGUGGUUUUCUUUGCCUUUUGUUGCUUUGGUUGGUCUGGUCUGGUCGUGUUUGUGGUUUUUAGGUUGGUAAUGGGUCUGUAGCUAAGCUUAAGCAAUGGUGUUGGUGGCUGGUUCGGGUUGGUAAGCUGAUAAUAGCGAAAGGUGUCUGUAGGUGGUAAGGAAGUGACGUAGAAAACAGUUUUAGUUCUCAAAUCCUUCUUCUACUUAGCCUUUUAAGCUCUACAAAAGCCUCAAUGGCGAAGCAAGCAAAAAACGAGGGUGUCCUAGACAGGAUCAGUACUUUGCCUGAUCAUAUGCUUUGUCACAUGUUGUCUUUCCUUCCCAUCAAAGAUGCAGUUCGAACCUCUGUUCUUUCACCUAGGUGGAGAUAUCUCUUUACUUUUAUGUCCACCCUGGAUUUAUAUGAUUAUCGUCAAUUUCGAGGUUUCACUCGUAGAGAUUUUAACGAUUUCAAGAACUUUGUUGAUAGACUAUUGCUUUUCCCCAAGCAGCAGGUACGUUUAGAAUGCUUUAGGGUGUCUGAGAAUGCAUCUGACGGUGAUUGUCCACGCCUUUAUGGUUGGAUAUGUGCCGUAUUAAGCCGUGGAAUUAAGGAACUUGUGGUAAGCUAUGGAAAAAACCUCAGGUUGCCAACUCUUCUGUUUACUUGCCAGUCAUUGGUGACACUGGAAUUGGAUAUACCUGGUGACAUGAAGAUUCCACCUGACGUUUCUUUACCAAAUCUGAAAUCUCUAAAUCUCUCAAAUUUCCUAUUUUCAGAUGGUUUAAUUUUUAAGCUAGUUUCUAGUUGCCAUGUACUUGAAGAGUUGUAUAUGGAGUUUGUGAAAUUGGGUAGAAACAUAACUGAGGUGAAUAUCCAUAGUCUUUCACUUAAGAGAAUGACUUUAGAAUUUGUAUUGGUUAACAGAGAUAAGGAUUAUAAGAUGGUGAUUAAUGCUCCAAAUCUUGAAUAUUUCAAAUUUUAUGACAUGCUAGCUGAUGGCUAUCGUGUGAGUAGCAUGAAUUCUCUAGAACAUGCUAAUAUUAGAGUCCAUCAAUGUCCUGAGUACGCAAUAUAUGAUGUGAACCGUGAACGUGCUGCUACUAAUCUUCUUCAAGCAAUUUGCAAUGUGAAGUGUUUAUAUUUACUCAUUACGCACGCUGAGACGCUUAUCCCAAUGGGUCCUGAACCAGUGUUUGCAUUUCACAAGCUUGUUCAACUGAAAUUUGUUAAUGAAACUGAAGCCUGGGUAGGAACGUGGAUUUUGGAGUUCCUGCAUUGCGUGCCUAAUCUAGAGAUCCUUCACUUAGCCCUGGAUGCUGCAUCGGAAGGAAUCCAGCCUCUAGCAGAGAAUGUGCCUUCUUGUGUGUCAUUUCACCUCACAGAGAUUAGAGUUUCACGAUUCGUUGGAGACGAACCUAUGUUCCAAAUGAUCAGUUUUUUCCUGAAGCAUGCAACAGUUCUGGAGACACUCAUAAUAGCAAUGAAAUACCUGACAGAAAAAGAAGAACUGAGUAUCACCAAAAGAUUAUUGGAGUUACCAAGGAAUUCAAGGAGUUGUCAAGUCAUCACUGAAUAAUCUUCCUUAUAAUUUCUCUCGUGUUUUAUAUGUAUUGUUUAAUGUUUCACAGUUGGCUCUCUUUGUUCUCUAUACUUUCCUCCAUGCUUUAUCUUUCUCAACAUGAUGAGUAAUUGAAUAGCCUUGCACCCAUGUUUAAUGUUUCA